CAAAUCAACUAAUAAAGUCAAAGGCCGGAUAAAGCAUUGAUUCUUUAUAGAAACCCCCUUUCUUGUCUUGUACUAGAUGAAACUGCCUACCAAUUGAUUUCUUCUUCACCUCACCAACUUCAACUUCAACGGCGUUGAUCAUACUCAUCUACUCUUAACUUAACUAAUGUCUUAUGGACCUCUUCCGUCGAUACGCUGCCUCCUCUCGCAUCUUUCUAAAAGGCACGUGGGGGAUAAGGUCAGGUUUCUUGGGUGUGUAACUGGAUACUCGACCCAUUCAGCCACAUUGACUCUUCAACACGAGUAUCCUAAGGGUACCAAAACUAGAGUCGGUGCCGAUGUUACACUUCUUCUCCAGAACCUCAACUCCGAACAGACGGAUAUUGGUCAAUGGGUCCAUGUAAUAGGCUACAUCACAUCUAUCGACCGGACGUUUGCUAAAGCCACGGUGGGAUCUCAUACAGAAAACAUUGGGGUUCAGGUACUUGUUCUCUGGACAGCUCGUGACAUAGACAUCUCAUCAUACGAGAACACUCUCGUUUCCGAGGUUGAGUGACCACAACGGAAGACCCAGGCUCAGAUACAAUUAGCCAGGGGAAUUUUCCAUCGUCUCCAAACAAGCAGAAUAAAGCGAGGUACGAUAUGAUGCAUAUCACUACCUGGGCGGUAGUCAUCGAACGAUCGAGGACCU